CCAUUUUGUUGUUUAGCUUUUGGAAAAGUCACCGGUGUACCUGCACUCAAUCGCUGUUCGUCCGUUUUCGCAGAGACCAGGUAAUUUGCGAGCAUCCGAGUGUCUUUUUCUACCUUUCUUUGCUGUGAGAAUGUCUUCUGAAGAGACGCUUAGUGACGGUAGAGUGAGGGGAAGGGUUGAGGAGGCAGAGAGUAGGGAUUUGGGGGUGCCGUCGAACAUUUUGGAGAGAGAGGAUGAAAGAGAGCCGUGUUUCAACCCUGAGGAGGAAGUUGUUGGUGAGGUGGCAGGGUAUGAAACAAGUUUGGAGAAUAGGGGUAGUUUGGCCCAUCUGGUUGAGAACUAUGGGGUGCCCGGGCGUGUGUUGGUGAGGUCGGCGGGGAGUAGGGAGAGGGCGUGUUCGGCCCCGAGGGACCACUGGAUGCCUCUCUACUCCCAUUACCUGGCGGCUGGGUUGCGGUUCCCUCUCCCAGACCUGUUGGUGUGGUUGUUGUUGGAGUAUGGUCUGGGGCUAACGCAACUCACCCCUAAUGCCGUGAGGUUAGUGGUGGCGUUUGCAGUGUAUAGUCGAAGUCGGGGGGUAAGUUUUCCUACUGCCAACGUAUUCAAGUACUUUUACGUCUUGAAUGCUGGGAGUGGUAGGGAGAAGGGGUGGUACUACUUUACGGGCCGGGUAGCGAAUAAGCAGAGGAGGGGUCUGUUUAGCGCCGGGCCGUCUUCCAUUAAAGGGUGGAAAGACAAGUUCUUUUUUGCGGAUGACACGGAGUGGGAUAAGACUGAUGCCGAGGUGGAACACUUGAGUCGUUGGAAGGCGAAAGGGUUAAACCUCAAUGAGUAUAGUCUGACCCCGGGGGAGUUGGAGGAUGUGGGGGAGUUGGAAAGAAGGGGUGUGGGUUUACUGGAUGUCAUGGAGUAUACGAGCCAGAGGAUGUUAGACGCGGCUGAGAUAUAUGGGCCGAGCUCGCCGAGGGGAGAAGAGAUGAACAAAUUUUUGGAUGCAGCGGGUGGAGCUGGAAUUCCAAAGAAGGGAAGAGGGAAGAGAGGCGAGGUUAGGAGGCGGGCGGAGGAGGUUUCACUGCCCCAAGCCGAAAUGGAGAACUUGGCCAUCACUCAGCCUGGCCAUGCUGGGGGGGAAGUGACGGUGGCUGAGGAGGGGCCCAUUGUGGUGAAGAGGAGGAGGCUGGAGCAACAAGAGGCCGUGGUGGAGGUAGAGGAGGUAUCAGCGCCCGCGACUUCAACUCUUCGCCUGGAAGGGACCUCGUCAGCCUCAGCUGCUGAGUUUGCUGCUACGCUCCGGGAGCACGGGUACAUCCGAGUGCAGACGACUAGUUUUUAUGACUCCGGGAUGAGGAGCACAGCGAAGAGGUUCAUCAACACUUAUUUCCCGGAGGUGGACCGUCAACGUGCGAGGGACGAGGUUGCUGCUAGGGGUUCAGUUGGCGUUGUCCGUCAGACGCUGGAGGCUGUUAAUCUCGUGAAUGCUUUGGCCAAUGAGCAUCACGAGAGUCUGAAGGAGAGGAACCAGAUGAGGAAGGAUAACGCCGAGCUCGUCAAGAAGAACGAGGCGGCCGAGGCCGAGGUGGCGAAGCUGAGAGCUGAGAUGGAGGAGCUCCGAAAAGAAAAUGCCACCUUCAAAAAGGACUCGGAGAUCUCGUAUCAGAAGAGGAAGAUAUGCGAGGCCGAGCUCGAUAAAAAGGAGAAGGAGCUGGAGGAUGCAGGGAGGACAGUGGCUGAGUUGGAGCUCAAGGUUCACAACUCAGUCGAAGAGCACGUGGAGGGGUUCCUGAGGUCCAGCACCUUCGAGGACAUCGUCAACCUCUACCGUCUUCCCACUGCCAUCGUGGCCUUCUCUGACUGCCGGAAGAAGGUGGAGGAGGACGGAGAGAGCAGCACUGCUGACUUCCGCCCAGAGGUAACGCUGAAGUGGGAGAAGGAUAGCAGAGGUCAAACCGUCUUACCUCCCAAGUUCAGCUUUGAAUUCGUGGCAGUGGAGGAAGAGGGGAUUGAAGGUGGCGGAGUUACCGAAGGUGCUGAGAAGUCAGCUGAAGGUGCGGACCAGCCAAGUCAGCCUGCUGAGAACCCCGAGCAGUUUGCGGCCAACUCGGAUCAAACUGCUGGCUAAAUUUGACCUCGGUUUUUUUUUUUUUUUUGAGAGAUAUUCUUUGUAACCGAUUGGAAAUUAAUGGAAUGGGUUUGAUUCGUUUUAUUGCGUUUGUGAUCCAAAAUAAGAGUUAAAGUGACAUUGUUAAUACAAUUAAGUUUGAAGA